AUGUACUGCAAGUAUCAACAAUCUGAACUGGCCGAAGUCAACAACUCAGUCAAUGAAACACAAUUGGACGGAAAUUCAUACAACAAUUCCAGGAUUUCGAGCCAUAAAUCUGAAAAGAAAAGCGAUGAAUUGUUAAAAUCAAGUAGGGAAAUAUUGCGUAAAUUGGACGAAGUUAGACAGACCAAAGCGUAUGAAAUGAUGAAGUAUGAAACGAUAGCACGAAUGGAUGCUUCAAGCGUUAGUGCUUAUUUGCGACAACAGCGCCUGAAACCAAAUGAAAUACCAAAGUCAGGAAUGGAUUCAAUGCUUCAAAAACAUCAUGAAAAAUUGAAAAAUCAUGCUGCUACAAUUAUUCAACAAUUUUUCCGACGAAUUACUCGUGAGAAACAAAUUUAUCGAAUACUCUGCACCUGGAAAUGGAUACCACUAGCAAAACGAGUACGAUACAUUGAAGUUAUAGCAGAACGUAUGUCAGGUGGUACUGUACCUCGUAGAAUUGAUCAUUCAAUUAUUAAAAAUAAGCUUGAUGAACAUAAGAGAACGAUGCAUGCAAAUAUUAAUAAUUAUGUUCGACGUGAACAAUUGGUUAAACGUAUUGAAAAUGAUCUAACGUUACUCAACGGUAUAACAAAUAUUGACAACCUGAUGAAAAUUAAUUCGAACAAUUUUCCCAUUGAAAAACAAUAA